GUUCCAAUCCCUUUCUUUUAUAGAGAAAACCACAGUGAAAUCGAAAGACGGCGGCGUAAUAAAAUGACUGCCUAUAUAACCGAAUUAUCCGAUAUGGUACCAACAUGUAGUGCCUUGGCACGGAAACCAGACAAACUGACUAUCUUGCGCAUGGCAGUAGCUCACAUGAAAACUUUAAGAGGUACUGGUAAUACCAGUAGUGAUGGCACAUAUAAACCCUCUUUCCUAACUGACCAGGAACUAAAGCAUUUGAUUUUAGAGGCUGCUGAUGGCUUUCUUUUCGUCAUAGCUUGUGAUACUGGACGUAUUAUUUAUGUAUCUGAUUCUGUAUCUCCUGUGCUGAAUCAGUCUCAAGCUGACUGGUUUAAUGCUUGCAUAUUUGACCUGGUUCAUCCUGAUGACGUCGAUAAAGUUAGAGAGCAGCUAUCAACUCAAGAAUCUCCAAAUGCUGGGCGAAUACUUGAUCUUAAAACUGGUACUGUUAAAAAGGAAGGUCAUCAAUCAUCAAUGCGUUUAUGUAUGGGUUCUAGAAGAGGUUUUAUUUGUCGUAUGAAGAUUGGCAAUUUACAACCUGAUGCAAUGUGUUCUGGUCAUUUACAUCGGUUGAGGCAGCGUAAUAGCUUAGGGCCAUCUACUGAUGGAAAUGCUUAUGCUGUUGUUCACUGUACUGGGUAUAUUAAGAACUGGCCACCUUCAGAUAUUUUCCCUCCAGGUGUUCAAAUGGAGCGCUUGGAUCCCGAAGAUGCACAUGGAAGUAGCCAUUGCUGUCUUGUUGCAAUUGGAAGACUUCAAGUUACAAGUACGCCCAACAAUAGUGAUCUCAUGGGAUCUAAUUCAUCAAAUGAAUUCAUAUCUCGACAUAACAUGGAAGGAAAAUUUACAUUUGUGGACCAAAGAGUACAAGGUGUACUUGGUUACCAGCCACAGGAGUUAUUAGGGAAGAUAUGCUUUGAUUUCUUUCACCCUGAGGACCAAACUCAUAUGAAAGAAAGUUUUGAGCAAGUAUUGAAGUUGAAAGGUCAAGUAAUGUCUGUUAUGUAUCGAUUCCGUGCCAAGAAUCGUGAAUGGAUUUGGUUAAGGACCAGCAGCUUUGCAUUUCUUAAUCCAUAUACUAAUGAUGUGGAAUAUAUUGUUUGUACCAAUACGUCUGCCAAAAGCCUUCAUCAUCAACAAGAUGUACCUGUCUCUGGUCCUGAUCAAGGUCCUGUUAACUCUUCUGGAGAAAGUGCUAUGAACCAAUAUAGUCAUGGUAUGGGACCAGGGAACUUAUUGUCAACUCAAUCUAAGCCUGAAGGACUGGAUUACAGUUUACCUAGAUCUGGGGAAGUUUAUCCUUCUGUUGUACCUCGUGCACAUCAUCCAGGGUCUCAAGGCAUCCAGGAAAGGCGUCCAGGUUCAGGUCAAACAGUAUACGGAAAUUAUGAAAGUAGUGGGCAGCAGCAUUCUGCUCUUAAUUACCCUAGCACGAGUGUAGGUGGUGGAGCUGGAAGUUUAGGAGCCUCUAUGUCACAAACACCCCCAUCAGCUGUAGUCAGUGCAAGUGGAGGCGUGCUGACUCGCAUUACUAAGCCAUCUGCCACCACAUCAUCAUCAUCAUCACCACAAGCAGUUUGGGUGCAGCGACAUCUCGCACAAGCCAAUUCAGAAGCAUUUGGUCAAAAUUAUAAUCAAAUGAAUUCCCCUGCUAGAAGUCCAUCUGGUCCUACAUAUACACAACUUGGAUCUGCUCCUGGCCCCAGAGGAAUAUGGGGCCAAUGGCAAGGUCCGGGUACACCUGAUGGACCUCCUUCAUCCACAGCUGCUGGCAGUCACCCACAGACACAUGGAGGCAGUAGCAGUCAACCUCAACAGCAGGAAUUGACUGAUAUGCUACAGAUGCUUGAUCAAGGAGGAGCAUCUUCAUUUGAAGAUUUGUCAAUGUUCAAUACUUUCCCUGAGUGACUCCAAAUGUCUGGCUUGUGUACAAAAUCAAGGAGUGCUGUAGCACUUUCGAUCAUAUGCCAUACUUUUUAUUAUGACAUUCAUAUAUUCGCAACAUUUCCAUCUCGCAUUGUGAUGUCUUCUGGGUGCAAAUACUGUAUAUGUUUUCUUCAUAGUAUCAUAACAAUUUGCACCUUUUUGGAAGAAUUCUACAAUUUUCCUUAUGGACUACAGAGACUGAGAUAUGCUCAGAUAAAAUUUUCUGCAAAAUAUUUGCAAUAAAUAUAAAAUAAAUGAAAAACAUGGUGAAUGAAAUCAAACAUUUGUAUUGUACUUACAAACAUAAGAAUACAAGAAACAUAAGAACUCUGUGCUUGAAAUUUUGCAAAUUGUAAUAUAUAUUUAUGCAAAUUUAAAUGGAAUUUAGUUAAAAACAUUGCAAUAAAUCAUAAAUGGUAUUUUGUUUCUUCCUUAGAAAUUCUGUCAUAAACAUUGGCCACAUUCAUAAAGCCAAGAUAUUCAUAAUGUGAUAUAUUUGGUCACAGCUUAAUUUCCAUUUUUAAUUCAAAAUUAGUUUUGUAAAUCUUAAUAUAGUACUAUGUAAUGAGUGGAGCUUUAUCUGUUCAGUUUUUUAAUGCAGAUUUUGUACAUGCAAAUUGCAUAACAGUUUCUGCUUCACAAAUAUGUUUUCAGUGUGAUUUUUACUCUGCAUAUUUUGAAAAUUUAAUUAUAUUAAUGGUAUUAAUUUAAAUGAGCACAUUAUUCACAACUUAUUAACAGGGAUAUCUGUAUUGCAUUUUACUAGAAAGUAAGUUCAAACAAUUUCUUAAAAUAUGUUGUCUUAAAAUCUAAAUAAAAUCUGAGGUCUUUUAUAAUUUGAUUUGUUAUUUACCGAUUAUUUUUAAAACUUGUAAUCAACACGGUUGAUAGAUUUAAAAAAAAUUGAAAUCACUGUUUCUCCUCUUGGUACCAUUCUGUUAAUUGUUGUUAUUGGAAAAAAUUUAUUAGGAUAACUCUGAAUGUAUAUUUUGCUGUUUUUCUUCUCAAACUGAGCUCUUAAUUCUAUGACUUAUGUGGUGAAAUUGGCAUAUAUGGUUACAUACACAGUAGGACCUCAGGCAUCAUUUCAGUUUUGUUGUGACUUCUGUCACUUGUCUGACAGUAACAUUUGAACAAGUCCGUAAAUUUUAUCGUGACAAAGCAUACAUGAUUUAUUUCAUUGUUAGCAUAGGCCUUUGUCACCAUAUAGAUGACUGUAAAUUUUUGCUCAGUUUCAUCCCAAGUUUGAAGGAGAAUCUACCAUGGGAUGGGUCCAAAAGUGUCUUAUCUCUCUUCCCUUACCACCAGACCACUUGAGGGGACAUUCAGCUCACUGUGUAUUUUAAAUGCCCGUAUUCCACAAAGAUACCAUACAUUUACAACCAUAUAAGUUUUCUUUGGGAUUUAAAGCCAUACCCAUCAAUGUAGCUGCUAGCAUCACUAAUUGCUAUAUUGAACAGGAUGACUUAUAAUUCUAAUGUGAAUUAUACUUGGAAAACUGAUAUUUCAACAUAUGUGUUUUCACACAAUGGGACCUCAGGUAUCAUGUCAGUUAUGUUGUCAUUGUGACUUAAGUAACAUCAGACAAAUCUAUGAAUUUCAUCAUGGCAAGGGGCACAGAAUCGCAUUCAUUAUUAGCCCAGUUCUAUCUCAGCUUUGAAUGAGAAUGUCAUCAGCAAUAGGUUCAAAGAUGUCUCAACCCUUCUUCCCUUACCGCCAUACCACUUCAGAAACUUUUGCCUCUCUGUAUUUUAAGAACCCACAUGCUACAAAGAUGCUAUAUUUUACAAACGCCUAAGCCUUCUCCAGGAUUUGAAUUUGGACCCAACAAUAUGGCACCCUGCAUCACUAAUUGCUAUACCUGUCAGGGCAAUUCAUGUCAUUUGUUUCUGUAUUUGUAAUUUGUGUAUGUUCUGUAUUCUUUCCAUUUUCUUCAAGUAAUCUUUCCAUUUAUUAAAUAUAUUUUUCUCAUAAAUAUGUGUAUUUGAAAAGUCCCCCCCCCACUUAGAUUAUAUUUUCUGUCAUAGGCAAAGAUUCAGUUUAUAAAAAGUUAAAAUUGGAAUCUUUUAUAAUGUUUCUCUCCAUAUCAUAAAAAUUAGAAAAAUUGUUGAUACUAAUCAGUGAGAAAAGUAUUCGUGUGAUAUUUUGGAACUUGUAUGUGAUUAAAAAAAAAUUAUUCCCUUGAAUUUUAGUCCCGCAAUUAAUCUUUGUAAGCUGAUAAAGAACUGAGUUAAAUAACUAAUGUAUGAAAACAAGAUGCAUGUCAUAAGAAUAAGCAUGUUUAAUAUAUUUUGUUUUGUAAUAAUUUUUGAUUGAAAUAUCAAAGGUACGAAUUUUAAAUGAUGAGGUCGAAUCUCAUCCAGGUUGAUGCUCCAUUGUAUAUACGUGUAUAUAUGUAUAUGCAUGUAAGGAGGAUAGCUGGAGGUGUAAUUGGGAAUUUGAAAAAAAAAAAAAAUAUUUAUAAAUAUUGUAAAAUAAGUUUCUUUUAAAUGUACGGAAUUAUUUGUCACACAAACUGCUAAGUACACUCUGCAUUGCCAUAUAAAGAAGUAAUAUAUAAUUGUGUAAAAUUUGUGACUUUUUAAAAUAUUGUGAUAAUUUUAUAUAUUUGUAAAUUAAUAGUGUGUUUACUUUUAGAAAUUUUAUAUUUUUAGCACAUGCUGCAUUUUUGAUCUGGUAGUGAACCUUGUAAUUCUGUUAUGUAAACAGAUGAAAUAAAGCAUAAAUUCAAAUUUAUUGAAAACACUUUUUAUCUUCAUUCAUUUUUAUAUACAUUAUGAAAUUAAUUUUUUAUGUUAAAAUAUUAAAUUGAAUAAUGAAACUGCAACAUUAUAAAGUCAUAUGUGUAAAGGAAUUUAUUGUUGUAAUAUAUGCAAGGAUAUUUAAAAAAUGCAUAUGUCAAAACAUUUGAUUUUUUAAUCUCGUAUUCUAUAUCCUAAAUUUUUAUGUCGUGCCAAUGUAGGAUAUUUUGGCCGUACUUUUUCAUUUCAGCAGCCUUUUAUAGGAGGAAUUGUAUAAACAUGAAUUCAUUAUAGGUGUCCAUUAUAAAAGAUCUGCUGAAGUCCAGUGAUUCAGGCAAGGAGCUUAAUCCUUUAUUUUGGAAUUAGUACAUUGAUAAAUUUAUGUAUCUUCCAAUGUCAUUGAAGUAUUGAUUUAUUUUUCUGGAAUAAGGGAAUAAUACAGUCUAUCUGUAGUUUACACAAAGUCCACUUCUUAAGUGCAUUCACUUGUUCAUUUUCUUUCAUGCCAUUCUAAGCAAUGUGUGUUGGAAAUCUUUGUAUGCAGUUUGACCUAAAAUACAUUAACUUUUGGCCUUCCGUAUUAAAUAAAUUGAGUUAAUAAAUCCCAAAUCUCUGUGUAGCAAUUCAUGGUCAUGUUUAUACCUAGUCUAGUUUCAUCCACAAAUAUUGAGGUGGUUUGGAAAGCUAACAUUAUUGGUAUUAUUAAGAUUAUUACAUUAUUGGUAUUUGUAACAUCAUUAUAACUAUGAGUAAAGGAAUUCAUUCCAUUCAGCAUCAUUUUACUCAGUUAGUUCACUAAUGCAGUCUAUCAGAAAUAUAAGUAUAAUUUUGAUAUCUUACUUGAUUUAGGACAAAUUCACGAGUUCAUAAAAUCAGGAUGAGCAUAUUCACAAUCCUAAGAGAUCACUGACUAGGAAAGCUUGGAACUCAUAAUAAUGUUUAGCAUUUUGUAGAUUUUAAGGAAAAGUAACAAAAAAGCAGAUGACAACCAUGUUUAUCUUCAAAUAUUAAUAUCUAAUUUUAGUACAUAAAUAUGAUUAGCCAUUGCUUUCUUUGGUAUAAAGGUAUAUCUGGUUUAUAAAAUGUUGAAAGUUAUAAUAGCUUAUUAGAGAUUUCUAUAUCAUAUGCUGGAGUAAUUUUGCCAUCAGUUGUAGCAUUUGAUAAGCUCAAUUCCUGCUUAUUGCAUCUUUGUGGUAAAAUUUGAGUUGUCCUUGCAUAACUGAUGGAAACAUGCAGAAGUCUGUCAGUUAUGCUUAUACGUGGUCAUUCAAAACUUAAUCUUAGAACUUGCACAGUAAAAUUUUGAAAAAUUUCUGAUAUGUCUUAAGCACCAAAUAAUUGUUAAAUGUUCUAAAUAUAAGUGAGUUUGUUUUUAUUAUUUCUAAAGGAUGCAGUUUUAUUUUUUCUAAAGGAAGCUGACAGCCAUAUCCUAGAGCCUGGGUUUGAAUCUUUGAGAAGACAUGGAUUUUUAAGUGUAUAGUGUCUGAUACAAGCUUAUAUAUGCAUCAAGAGGGCACUUAAUGUACACAGAAAGCUAAAAUCCUCUCUGGUUGGUGGUAGGGUAAGAAAGGUGGGAGACCUUUGAACCUCGGAACUGGGGUGUUCUCCCUCGGAAUUCUAAACUGGGGUGAAAGUUUAAAACAGUUAGUAUGUGCAGUAAUACCUAUCCAAGCUUCUAAAUAUAGAAAAAAAAAUGGUUAGUUUUAUUCUGUAUGAGAAUUUUCAUAUGUAUAUAUAAUAUUUAAUGACAACUGUUUUGCUGAAAGUAACUAUUGUCUGGAGGCCACUUUUUCCUUUCAAAGGACUGUACAAAAAACAUACCUGUUCAUGCAAUAAAAGCUAUAUUUUUUGUUUACUUCACUCUGAAUUAUCUAUUCUGUAUUGUGUCAUUUCAUUGUUAAGUUAAAUUUCUUAAACAAAUGGAACUACUUGAAAUAAAGUAUUAAGUUUGUUUC